GUCGUCACGUACCGAACGCGUUCUGCCCGACUCGUCUGAAAUCCGCCUGGUCGCAGUUGCAAGCAAAGAAUUGGGACAAACAUUUCAGUCUGAGUGCCAUAGCACUUCACUCCCUCGUCCUCCUCCCUCCACCGCCCCAAAUAAGACUUCCACUGUAACUUCGUUCUCGUUCAUGCCCCCAAUCCUGUCCACCUCUCCACUCCGUCUGUCCUUCCGCAACCAGGUAUCUUCAGAGGGCCUGAUCACUAUCGCCAUGUUUGCUCAAGCGGUACGUCGGCAUGCCUCCUCUGGGCAUGGCGAGAAAAAGCAAAGUCCUCUACAGAUCAACACUGCUGCAAGCAAUAUUCCCGGGCAGAGAUCACAGACAACCUCAGGCUUCAAACGAAAGUUCGAACGCAGCAUCAGUACGACUAGUGGUUUGGGUUCUCUACAUUCGCAGACAUCGUUUGACGAGAACACACCCCCUGGUCCCUCAGACAUUGCGUAUCCGACAUUGCCUCCCCUCCCUCAGAAAGCCGAACCGCCUUCAAGCAGUGCUCCUGUCCCAUGGUCUUCGUCACCGGAGUCGCAUUUUGCAAAGCCGGGCACGACUCUGUUGAAAGGAGAGCCCUCCCCGGAGCGUGCCAGGCCGACCAAGAGACGAGUCCUCCCUGCGUCAUUCACAUCCACGUCAGCUCCUGCGCUCGAUGAGCAAGAUGGGGCCAAGAACAUACAGGGCGGAGGAGUUGGAAACGGAUAUUCUGGUCGAUUUGACAAAUAUUCUGCGCAAAGGCAGUUUGACUCGAUGAGUAGCCGGGAUAAGGCGUCAUCGGUAAUGUCAGAAAUGUUACAAAAAGCAUCGUCCAUUCGUCAGCGACAGCCGGGUUCCAUCUCACGGACUGCCUCCGAUCGGACUUUCCAGCCUGCCACCAUUCCUAGGGAAGGAUCCGCUCCCAGUGUGGAUCGAUUACCGGAGGUCUUCUUCAGUGACGAACAACAAACAGUCCUGAAAGCGGUUAUAGAAGAAGGAAAGAGUGUGUUUUUCACUGGGUCAGCCGGAACAGGAAAAUCGGUCUUGAUGAGGGCAAUCAUCUCCCAGAUGAAGCAUAAAUACCGGAAAGAGCCCGAUCGGAUAGCGGUUACAGCGUCUACCGGUUUAGCCUCCUGUAUCUUGGAAGGCCAGACCCUCCACAGCUGGGCAGGAAUCGGCCUGGGAAAAGAGCCUGCUCCAGAACUGGUGAAGAAGAUUAAGCGGAAUCAGAAGUCAAGACAAAAGUGGCUCCGGACUAAGGUCCUUAUUAUCGAUGAGAUUUCUAUGGUGGAUGGCCAGUUAUUCGAUAAACUUGAGCAAGUCGCUCGUACUAUUCGGAACAACGGUCGGCCAUUUGGCGGUAUCCAGCUGGUUGUGACGGGAGACUUCUUUCAGUUACCCCCAGUACCAGAAAAGAACUCGGUCGCCAAGUUUGUGUUUGAUGCGACGACCUGGAACACGUGUAUAGGACACACGAUUCUUCUGACCCAUGUCUUUCGGCAAAAGGAUGAAAGGUUUGCACAAAUGCUUAACGAAAUGCGUCUCGGCAAGAUGAGCGCCGCUACGGUCCGGGAGUUCAAGUCGCUUUCACGACCGCUCAAUUUCCAUGAUGAGCUUGAAGCCACAGAGUUGUACCCGCGCCGCGAGGAAGUCGAGUUUGCCAAUCAGAAUCGGAUGCGCAAACUAUCGGGGCAAGUCAUGACCUAUCACGCCGUCGAUACAGGUGUUCAAGACCCCAAUGUACGGAAAGCUCUUCUCGCCAACUUCAUAGCGCCGGAAGUCUUGGAACUGAAAAAGGGCGCGCAAGUUAUGCUGAUCAAAAACAUUGAUUCCCAACUUGUCAACGGUUCUCUUGGAAUUGUUCAAUCGUUUAUGGAUGAAGGGACUUUCUUCGCCUACAAAGAAGAUGAACCUAGCUUUCUUCUGGCCCAGGAGCCGGAUAACGGAGAUCUGUCGGAUGAAAAGAUGGCUGCACGUGAGAAACUUCAAGCAGCUCGUAUGAAAAGCGCAGCCGCCGGUGCCGGCGCCACACGACUGUGGCCCAUGGUACGAUUCAACCUCCCGGACGGGACAUCUCGAACGAUGCUUUGCUCGCCUGACGAGUGGAAGACAGAAUCGCAGCAAGGUGAAGUUCUCGCCAAACGGGUGCAAGUACCUUUGAUUCUGGCAUGGGCCUUGUCUAUCCACAAGGCUCAGGGCCAGACUCUGACACGGGUCAAGGUAGACCUCGGAAAGGUGUUUGAGAAGGGACAGGCUUACGUUGCGCUCAGUCGGGCUCGAAGUAAAGAAGGUUUGCAGGUGCUCCGAUUUGAUGAGCGCAAAGUCAUGGUACAUCCCAAGGUCUUGGAAUUCUAUUCCAAGUUGUCGGGACACGAGACGCUCGGGAUGAAAAGCGCCGCCAAAACGGUCAAAGACCAUUUUGAGGUUAAAAGUAAUACGGCCAUCCAGAAGGAGACGAACACAAUCACCAUUGAAGAGGACGACUUUCUGGAUGACGACUUUUCCUUUGAGGAGUUGAUGGAGGCCGAAAAGCAAGCCAUGCGGGCAAGGGGCGCAUAGUGGGGGAGUUGUGAUGGUACAAAUGAGAAUUAUCUGGAACAUGCAACAAUGGCAUGUUUCAGUGACAGAAUAUAGUCCGUUCUGAAUACCAGUAGAUGAAUGCUGCAGGAUGUGCCGACACUGGCAUUGUACAUUGUAUUGUAAUUCGAGUGCGAGGCUGACUGAGGCUCGUGUGAGGAGAUGACGAAAGGGGAAACUGAGCGGACCAAAAGUUUACAGUAGUUUUC